ACAGACGAAGACAGGGCGAGAUCAAGUCGCAGACGGAGGAAGGCAAGAAAAAGAGGGAGAUCUUGACAAACUAAUAAAACCCAUUAAAAUGUCGGGACGGUCCGUGCGAGCAGAGACACGCAGCCGCGCCAAAGAUGAUAUCAAAAAAGUGAUGGCGGCAAUUGAAAGGGUCCGUCGGUGGGAAAAAAAGUGGGUAACAGUGGGAGAUACAUCAUUACGGAUUUUCAAAUGGGUCCCAGUUACAGAAACUAAACAGAUAUACAAGCCUAAAGUGUCAGGGACAGCAGUGAGGGAACUGAAGGGCUUUCCUACAGAUGUAGUGUUAGAAAACGCCCGCUCUGUGCUACUGGAUUUUCAGGAUGACAACAGUAACCAGAGUUUCCUAUCAGAUGCCUAUCAGUCUAAUACCAAAGUGGACAGCAGCAGCAACUCCAGUCCACAGCACGUGAGUGAGGCAGUGAGCCCUUCACACACACCCUACUUCCGUACAGAGGACUCCCAGCCGCCCACCCUGGGACAGGAGACCAUGGAUGCUGAGAGAGAAACAUCAACAACCAGCAGUGAGGUAACGGAUGAGCCUCCGACUCUCAUUAAAGAAGAUAUGUUGUCUCUCUCUACUCGGGAGGAAGAGGAUGUGAUUGGAGCCCCACCGCUUAAAAGAGUUUGCACCGAGCAAAACUCAACUCUCAGUUAGCACCAUUAUGCUGAACAUUACAGCUCAAAAGUGUAGAAGUAUUUCUGAAAGAGACUAAACUGUACAUUUAAAAGACUUUUUACAUCCUGCCAAAUGCCUGAAAUGAACUUUAACAGAUAAAGAAAAGUUUUUUUUUUUGUACUUUUAAAAAGGUCAUCUUAGAUCUUGUCAGGUAUUUUCUUAUGAAGGUAAAGCAGUUUGUAUUGCAUGUUUCUCAAUCAAAAUCGAGAAAGGACUUUGUCAGUAUAAUACAUGUGACUGCAUGGAGUAAUGAUUAUUAUAUGCAGUAUGACAAAACAGUUGAUUUUUAAGAUGUUAGCUUGUUUUGUGUUUGUGGCAUUUCUAAAGAUUCUAAAGUUUUAUUGACAUGUUUUUCUUGCAUUUAUAUGCAUUUAGGGCAGUUUUAAAUAACAUCUGUGUCAUCUGUUUCUU